CACCUGAAACGGACUUCGGUCGUGAUCUUCAGGAACGUCAAAUGGACUAAGACCUGCAAAGUCCAUGCAAAUCGCGUAGGAAGUCAGCUGGAUCAAGAUUCCGCUGAAGUUCGCUCACGAGAACGGAAGAUCCACUCCAGAAUCGUGCUUGAAGUGGACUCUAUGUCUUAGACUUCAUGCUGAAAUCGUGUGAGAUCUUAAAAGACGAGUGUUUCGGUGAAGAAAUUGAAAAUCUGCGUUUUUUUCCAAUCCGGAUAAUCUUCUGAGAAAUGCUCUAGUCUUAUUCGAAUUAAAUUUGAAUUCUAAAUUGCAAAAAAGAAGUUUUUACAAAGAAGAACAUCCUUCGCAAACCAAUUUUAUUAGGAUCCAAUUUGCGCGGAUUUUCAUCCUGACAAAAUUUUCUAUGUGAAAGAAAUUAUCACCAUUAAUCUCAACUGAGUUGAAAUAUAUACUAUAUAAAUUCUCUAUUCAGCUAAGUUCUUUCUAUCUUUGGAUCUGCCGGAUACGAUUUAGAUCUUUGCUAGUGAUUCGCAGCGACUAGCUAUCAACAGGUGUAAAAUUUACAUAAAGACUAACUACCGUUGAAGCUUAUAAAAUGUUCUUUUACAACAUUUUAUAAGUUCGAUUACAAUAGAAAUCCAGUAAAAGAAAUUAUUCCUCGGCGAGUGUACGAAGAUCGGUGCUGAUUUUCGAUAAGACAAAUUCGAAAGAGAAAUUCAUAUUUGCGCGCUUGUCGCCGUCAAUUGUAAUCGUACGAAGUGUGAAGAAACAUGAGACCGCCGUAUAACGAAGGAGAGGUGCAGCAAAUCUCGCAAGAACAAGGCGAGAGAAAUGUUGCGAUGGCAGUCUGCGUUCAACUGGCUGGUCGGGCGAUCAUCCGGGUGGUUUCACGAUGUGAGGAAGCCCAGGAUAACUGCAACUUAGACUUGUCGGAGUGCCAGCUCAUGCAAAUCCCAGACGCAGUCUACCAUCUGAUGCGGCACACGGAGUUGAAGAGAUGUGACCUCUCCGGCAAUGUGAUUACAAAAAUUCCAGCCAAGUUUGCCGUGAAAUUUUCAUUAAUCACUGAAUUGAAUUUAAGCCACAAUCAGAUGAGCAAACUGCCUGAGGAGUUGGCCGAACUGCAAGCUCUGGAGAGACUCGAUAUCUCGCACAACACUUUCAUCGCUCUACCAUCUGUGGCUUGGCGGAUACCGCACUUAAAACGACUUCUCGCUAACAACAAUUUUAUCAUCGAUGUUGACGUCGAGAGGCUUAGGCACGCACCUGUUCUAGAAUUCAUCGACCUGCAAGCGAAUCCCCUUCCGCCGAGAUUGCAUGAUCUUCUACGCACUCUGACCAGGAUUACAAUCGAGCUUACUCCUCGGCAAAUCGAGGAUUGGGAGGACUUGAACGUUUAAGUCAUCUCCCAAGCGAGAGCAGUCUAUUUCGCGACGGAGAGACGGUUCCGACCUUCGUAUUCUCUCGACGAAAAUUGCUCAAGACUUUGCGCGAACUAGAAGUAGAAUCAAUAUUUUGUACAGUGAUAAUGCGAGCUGUGUGAUAACAAGUGCCGCGGAUUGUAAGUCAAUGAUCCGCUUGUAUUUUUUGUAAAUGUCAUUAGUGAUUUAUAUCUGUACUUAAUUAUCACGGAUCUGUUACUGAUCUCACGGAGAUCGAUCGAUCCUUCGUUUUUUUCUUUUAUAUCGCAUGAAUUUUUAGAUUUUAUCGAGACACUAGUCAUGAAUGACGCUGUUGUGAUCAAUUAUCGAAUUCAAGAAUUUUUAGACCUCAUUUAUGAAUGUUUUAGUAUCAAAACACUUCCAGUAUCGAAUUUUUAAUAAUAAAUGAUUGGAUUGCUUAAAUUAAAGAAAAUUCGAAAGAUUUUCUUGAAUCUUUGGAUUUCUAAAUGACAAACAAUGCGAUCUCUAAAACGCGAAAGUCUCGGAUCUUAAGACUUGAAGAAAUAUUUGCAAAUUAUCAUUUUAUUGUUUAUGAAUAUAAUUAACUUGUAUUGACUGUAUUUUUAACGUAUAAUAAUUUCUGUUUGUCAACGUUACAGACACGUUUACCGCUAUGAACUGCCGAUACAUCAUAUAUAGCCGGUACAAUUUUUUUAACAUUAACAUUUUGCUCUCGAGUAUCAUCUGAAAAUAUAACCGACGAAAAGUUUUAAUUUUGCUCGAAUAUUACUGUAUAAAAUAUUA